AAGGACAAGAGGUAACAGAAGACAGGACCUGUAGAGCCAGCUCAUCAGUAUGUCUGUGCUAUGGCUGCUUCUGGGUCUUCUUGCCCUUACUGAUUCCUCUGAAAGCAGCAACUGGGGAUGCUAUGGAAACAUCCGAAACUUUGAGACCCCUGGGGCUUCUUGCGGGAUUGGAAAGCGUCAUGGCCUGAACUACUGUGGAGUUCGUGCUUCGGAGAGGCUGGCUGAAAUAGACAUGCCAUACCUCCUGAGAUACCAGCCCGUGAUUCGUACUGUUGGCCAAAAAUACUGUGUGGAUCCUGCAGUGAUCGCUGGAGUCUUGUCCAGGGGGUCUCAUGGCAGCAACGUUAUGGUCAAUGUGGGCAACAUGGGCAAUGGCAUCGGGGUUGUGCAGGACCCUGGUCUUUAUGCUCCCACAUCCUGGAUCAGCGAGUCCCAGGUUUCUCAGAUAACCGAGGUUCUGACUGUUAGGAUCAAAGAAAUCCAGAGGAGGUUUCCAACCUGGACCUCUGACCAGUACCUGAGAGGUGGACUCUGUGCUUAUGCUGGAGCUCCCAGCUAUAUCAGAAGCAGCCAGGACCUGAGGUGUGACUUCUGCAAUGAUGUCCUUGCACGAGCCAAAUACUUCAACAGACAUGGCUUCUAACACUUCAGAACAAACCCAAGGUCAUUAUCACAUAGAAGACCUCAACUAUUACACAGAUAAAACUAGCCAAUGGGGCUUGUAACUGAAUCUGAAUUUGACCUGAAGGUCAUCAAAAUAACGUGAAGCACAUUAAAGGAGGAAUUGUCU